CGCUCGCUCAGCACACCAGACACUGGGCAAAGCGCUAUCAGUUGAUACCCAAUACGUGCAGCUGAUAUAUUUGUGCGUUUUUUCGGUAUUACGCAGAGGAUGUGAAUCACGCAAAUCGUGCGCAUCGAUUCUCUAACAAGCAAACAAGUCAACAAUGCCGGUCACGACGAUGGACAUCGCGUCCGUGCCCAACUUUCCGCAAAAGGCGAUUUUCUUCACUCAUUUCAUUUUCAUUGCAUUGAGUGCAAUGGGCCAUUGGGCCACCAAUGGAUAUUUAUUCUACAACUUUAUCCUGAUUAUACUUAUCCUGUGGUCCAUGCAUAACAUCCAAUCUUCAGAACCCAUUCAAAUGGCUUUUAUGGUCAAUAUUUGUUCAAUCGUAUUGGAUAUCUUCUACCUUGCAUUCUGUUACCCAAACAGUUAUGGCGCUGCAGAACGAUUCUCCGCCGCGCUGGCAAUCCUGCAUCUUGUCGCCCGGCCCUUCACCACCAUCUACAUGCUGAAAAUCCUGCGCGAGCGCGGCGACGAACCAAACUUUCUAGGCGGCAUAUUUCCGGCGGCGCCGAGGGCGACCAGUUACGAGGAUAUAGACCGCGCGCAGCCGCCGCCGCCGCCUCCAACUAACCACGGAGCUAACCAGCAUAGCUACGACUUUUCGAAUGUGCAACAGAUCUAAACGCACUACUCAUCAACUACUAACACCUAACACGGAGGUGAUGAUAUGCUUAAGAGAUUAAUAUUAAUAAUUGUGCCUAUACUUUCAAAUUAAACCAGUAUAAUAUAUCAGUAAUGCCGGAUCAGUAACAUGCGCGGAACAAUUUACGACUGAAAUUCUGUUGGAUGCACAGUCUGCCCAAAUUGAACGUAUUAAUACAAAACACAUAUUACUUAUAUAUAUAUAUGUAAACAUAUUUGUGUACGAAAUGUUAAUAAAUUGAUUCAUUAAAUGACA